UCAAUCUCGACGAUAAGCAAAAUUUAAAUUCGGUAUCCUUAACGCGAAGUGCUUGAUAAAUGUUAUAUGCCCAUAUAAAUAAAUGACUAUUGUGUUAACCUAGAUAGUAAAAAUUCUAUGUAGGAGAUUCCUAACAAACAAUGGAUUUUCAAAAUCGGCCUGGAGGAAAAACAGGAGGCGGUGGCGUAGCAUCAUGGUCCGAAAGCAACAGAGACCGCCGCGAGCGGCUUCGACAGCUUGCGUUGGAAACCAUCGACUUAAAUAAGGAUCCUUAUUUUAUGAAAAAUCAUUUAGGUUCCUAUGAGUGUAAACUUUGCCUAACUCUUCAUAAUAAUGAGGGAAGCUACUUGGCUCAUACACAAGGAAAGAAACAUCAGGCAAAUUUAGCUCGAAGAGCUGCAAAAGAAGCCAAAGAAGCUCCGCAACAAUUAGCCCCAGAGAAACCGAGGAUUGAACCUAAAAAGUUUGUAAAAAUUGGACGUCCUGGUUAUAGAGUAACUAAGCAAAAGGAUCCUGAAAAUGGACAGCAAAGUUUACUUUUUCAAGUUGACUAUCCAGAAAUAUCUGAAGGUGUGCAGCCAAGGCAUAGAUUUAUGUCAGCCUAUGAACAAAAAAUAGAACCUCCAGACCGCAGGUGGCAGUAUUUAUUAUUUGCGGCAGAGCCUUAUGAAACAAUAGCAUUCAAGGUGCCUAGUCGAGAAGUUGAGAAGCAUGAUUCUAAGUUUUGGACUCAUUGGAAUAAGGAUACAAAGCAGUUUUUCUUGCAAUUUGCGUUUAAAUUGGAGCCAUUGAGAUUGCCUCCACCUCCUUCCAAGAUGUGGGAAAAUCAUGGGAUUCGUUUACCGCCCCCACCUGGUGCACCAAUGAUGGGAGUUCCACCACCCCCACCCUUAAUGCCAGUACCACCUCCCCCUCCAUCUAUGUAAAGUUGAUGUACUUUAGUGUAAGUUUUACUUAAUAAAAGGACAUAAAUGUA